GCUCCUGGCAGCGUGAUAGUUUCCCAGCAGGUGAAAGGAUGGAGAGAUCCCUCUGAUCUAGCGAUUCGAGAUGAUCUAUAGCAACGUUUAAGACGGAUUUAGACAAUAACCCCGAGAGUAGAUUUUUAAAAUCUGGUUUAAACGCGUUACAUGGGCUUCUUUUUCGCACGAGAUUUUCCCUUUUUUUUUUGUCAAGUUUUUUUCGGCUCGAAGAAGAUGCGUAAAGUUUGCCAAGACUUAUCUCGGAUGUCUCCAGCUGGUUUUCGCAGAGUGAUCUUCGACUUUUCAGAUCAAAUCGUGCUUGGAUGUUGAUUGAAAACUGCAAGAUUUAAACUUGGUGGAUCCUUUCCUCCCCUCUUCUGCUUGACUUUAGAGACGCGGGCACAUUAAAAGUUGUUUAGAGCUGUUUGCAACGCACUGUAAAACAGAUGGGAUAACGGAGAUGUUGUGGUUUUGCAGUCGUCGUUAAGUUAAUGGAUGUUUUUGCCCUAACAUAAGAGCCAUUCGAAUGAUAAAAUCCAGUUUUCUUUCGGAUAUGAAGUGAAAUAAUCUGCAGCCUUCGAGGAGAUUUUUGGCGCUCAAAAAGCUGUCAUAGGAUUGAAGAAUGGCUCGGUUUGGAGACGAGUCCGCUCCCACCACGGUGGACUCCGGGGAUGGGGAUGUGGAGCACGGCGGGGACUCGCAGGACGCGGUUGCGGCGGGACUGACUGCCUCUAUGAAACAAGCGAAGGCGCAGCGGGCCCGGACCAUGGCUCUGUACAACCCCGUCCCCCACCGGCAGAACUGCCUCACCAUCAACAGGUCGCUGUUCAUAUUCGCAGAGGACAACAUCAUUAGGAAAUACGCACGGAGAAUCAUUGAGUGGCCACCAUUUGAGUACAUGAUCCUUGCCACCAUCACCGCCAACUGUGUCGUCCUGGCCUUGGAGCAGCACCUCCCUGGAGAGGAUAAGACCCCCAUGGCAAAGAGACUGGAGAAGACAGAGCCUUACUUCAUUGGGAUCUUCUGCUUUGAGGCGGGGAUCAAGCUUGUGGCUCUUGGUUUUGUUUUCCAUAAAGGCUCAUACCUGAGGAACGGCUGGAAUGUCAUGGACUUCAUAGUCGUUCUCAGCGGGAUCUUGGCCACUGCUGGUGCGCACAUGAACAUCCCAGUUGACCUUCGUACUCUAAGGGCGGUGCGAGUGCUGAGACCUCUCAAACUUGUAUCUGGGAUCCCCAGCCUGCAGAUUGUGCUGAAGUCCAUCAUGAAGGCCAUGAUCCCACUGCUCCAGAUCGGCCUCCUUUUGUUCUUCGCCAUCCUCAUGUUCGCCAUCAUUGGCCUGGAGUUCUACAGCGGGAAACUUCAUCAUACCUGCUUGCCAUCUUAUGACAUCCUCGACAAUGAGACUGUGGACUCGUCCGAGUUGGCGUUUGCCUGUGGGGUGAGGAAAUGUCCAGAGAAUUAUGACUGCAACGACACCUGGAUCGGACCCAACGAUGGCAUCACGCAGUUCGACAACAUCUUGUUUGCUGUACUCACCGUUUUCCAGUGUAUAACCAUGGAGGGAUGGACGGCUGUUCUGUACAAUACAAACGAUGCCUUGGGUCCCACAUGGAACUGGAUUUACUUCAUCCCUCUCAUCAUUAUCGGCUCGUUCUUUGUGUUGAACUUGGUUUUGGGUGUGCUGUCUGGAGAGUUUGCUAAGGAGAGGGAGCGGGUGGAGAACAGGCGCGCCUUCAUGAAGCUUCGCCGCCAGCAACAGGUGGAGCGAGAACUGAACGGCUACAGAGCCUGGAUAGACAGGGCAGAGGAGGUGAUGCUGGCAGAGGAGAAUAAAAGCUCAGGGAGAUCGCCGUUAGAUGUGCUGAAGAGAGCGAGUAAGAAGACGGGAGCACGGAGAGGAGCCCCCGGGGACCCAAAGGUUACAGACGCGUCUACUGCCAGUAUGUCUCGAUCCAGGAUGAACUUCCGCAGCGGCCGACGCGGCCCCGCCGCCUACCUGAGGCGUAAAGAGCGAAUGUUACGCAUCUCCAUCCGCCGCAUGGUGAAGACCGACACUUUCUACCUGAUGGUGCUCAGUCUUGUGGCUCUCAACACCAUCUGUGUGGCCAUUGUCCACCACAACCAGCCCAACUGGCUGACCAUCUUCCUCUACUAUGCAGAGUUUGUUUUCCUGGGGCUGUUUUUGGCUGAGAUGUUUUUGAAAAUGUAUGGUCUGGGUUUUCGGCUCUACUUUCACUCAUCUUUUAACUGCUUCGACUGUGGGGUCAUUGUAGGCAGCAUCUUUGAGGUAGUUUGGGGUUUCUUCAGGCCUGGCAUGUCGUUUGGGAUCAGUGUACUGAGGGCACUGAGACUCCUGAGAAUUUUCAAGAUCACAAAAUACUGGGCAUCUCUCAGGAACUUGGUUGUGUCCCUUAUGAGCUCCAUGAAGUCCAUCAUCAGCCUGCUGUUUCUUCUCUUCCUCUUCAUCGUUGUGUUCGCUCUACUCGGGAUGCAGCUUUUUGGUGGAAGGUUCAUCUUUGAAGAUUACACUCCCACCAACUUUGACACAUUUCCAGCUGCCAUCAUGACAGUGUUUCAGAUUUUGACCGGCGAGGACUGGAAUGAGGUGAUGUAUAAUGGGAUCCGAUCCCAGGGUGGAGUGCAGUAUGGCAUGUGGUCGUCCAUCUACUUCAUAGUGCUCACCCUGUUUGGAAACUACACUCUGCUGAACGUCUUCUUGGCCAUCGCUGUGGAUAACCUCGCCAACGCACAGGAACUGACAAAGGAUGAAGAGGAGGAGGAAGCGUUUUUCAACCAGAGAUAUGCCAGAGGCAGAGACGGCCUGAUAUCUGAUGGGAGGAGAAGACCCUACCUAUACAGGAAACGAGCUAUCCAUCGAGGCCGGCCAAACUUCCCAGAGGAGGCUGAUGGUCCUCCAGGAGCCGCCGAUGAACAGCCCCUCAAUGGAGCAAAACCUUUUUCCAACCGCCGUGAUAGGAGGAGGAAGGUCAACAUGUCUGUGUGGGAGCAGAGAGCCAACCAGCUACGCAAACGUCGCCAGAUGGCGAGCAGAGAGGAGCUGUUUAGCAGCCCUACAGAGGAAACCGCUGAAACCCCUACCAUCGCCCACAACACCAACACCAUCUCCGAUGAGGCCAGCCCUGCUCACCUGCCUGAAUCCCCCAUGUCUGUGGGGAUGCCCCUCCCGGAGCCCCCCAUGUCCAUCUCCAUCCCCAUGCCGGAGCCUCCAACAGCUGAGCCUCUGGUCAACCUGAGCGAGGAGAAAACAGGAGGAGGAAACCACCGAGCUGCUGGCGGGGGCAGACACAGGAUGGGCCGCAAGUUCAGACCCAGUCAGGGUCCAGAGGAAGGGGCGCGACACAGACGACACCGUCACAGAGAAGCUCGACCAGAAGCAAAGAGUCUGGACUGUUCUCAGACGCCACAUGAGGUGCUUCAAGUGAGACGGUCGCUCAGCCAGGAGAGGAAGAUACUGGAUGAGACGGAGGAGAAGGAGGAAAAGGUGGAGGCAGAAGGAGGGUUGGCCCAAGAUGACUGUGGAACAACUAUCAUCAAUCCGUACGCAGAAGUUGGAGAAGAUAUGAGAUCUGUUGUACCUGGUGGCGACAUCCCCGACCCUCCUCAGUGUGAACAGCUGCUAGACUGUUCCUGGUCUGAGCAGGGCGAAGGCAGACACCCAGACCAGUACCAGUCCCUUUGCCAGAACAUGCCCGUGGAGUCUGCCUUGGAGGCUACAGAGUACACUGUGAGGACCACCGAGUCAGGGAGCCGCCCCGUCUCCAUCAAACGAAACAAGUCUAACCUGGAGGGAAGUGUGGCCAUUGAAAUGUCUGCACAGCCUCUGCUGGAACUCACCCCCAUGACAGUGAACAAUAAAGAGUUGGAGGCAUACAACUCCGACCAGGAUGACGACGACGACGACGACGACGACGAAACAGACGAAGAGGAGGAGGAGGAACCUCCACUUCCUCCCAAACAUGUAGCGCCAGACAGCAUGUUCAUCUUCAAAGCCUCCAACCCUAUCAGGAGGAUAUGUCACUAUGUGGUCACGAUGCGUUACUUUGAGAUGACCAUCCUACUUGUGAUUGUGGCGAGCAGCAUCGCACUGGCUGCUGAGGACCCUGUGUGCACCAAUUCAGACAGAAACAAGGUCCUUCGUUAUUUUGAUUAUGUCUUCACUGGAGUUUUUACCUUUGAAAUGAUCAUCAAGAUGAUAGACCAGGGUCUCAUUCUGCACGACGGCUCUUAUUUCCGAGACAUGUGGAACAUCCUGGACUUCAUCGUGGUGGUGGGAGCUCUCAUUGCCUUUGCUCUAACGAAUGUGAUGGGAAACAACAAAGGCAGAGACAUCAAAACUAUCAAGUCGCUCAGAGUUUUGAGAGUUCUGCGGCCUCUAAAAACCAUCAAGAGACUUCCCAAACUAAAGGCGGUCUUUGACUGUGUGGUCACAUCUCUGAAGAACGUCUUUAAUAUCCUCAUCGUGUACCAGCUCUUCAUGUUCAUCUUUGCUGUCAUUGCUGUGCAGCUCUUCAAAGGGAAAUUCUUCUACUGCACCGACAGCUCCAUGAACUCAGAGAAGGAGUGCCAAGGCUACUACAUCGACUACACCCGAGACAAGAAGGAGGUGAAGAGACGAGAGUGGAGGAGACAUGAGUUUCACUAUGACAAUGUCUGCUGGGCGCUCCUCACACUUUUCACUGUCUCGACCGGAGAGGGAUGGCCUCAGGUCCUGCAGCACUCCACUGAUGUUACAGAGGAGAACAUGGGGCCGAGUCGAGGAAACCGAAUGGAGAUGUCAGUUUUCUACGUGGUCUACUUUGUGGUCUUCCCUUUCUUCUUUGUCAACAUCUUCGUUGCUUUAAUCAUCAUCACCUUCCAGGAGCAGGGCGAUAAGAUGAUUCAGGAGUGCAGCCUGGAGAAGAACGAGAGGGCUUGCAUUGACUUUGCCAUCAGCGCCAAGCCGAUGACCCGCUACAUGCCUCAGAACAGACAGACCUUUCAGUACAGGCUGUGGCACUUUGUGGCUUCGCCUUCUUUCGAGUACACAGUGCUCGUCAUGAUUGCUCUCAACACUGUGGUCCUCAUGAUGAAGUACCACUCGGCUCCAACAGCCUACGACAUGGUGCUCAAACACCUCAACACGGCCUUCACUGUCCUGUUCUCCUUGGAGUGCAUCCUAAAAAUCAUGGCAUUUGGUUUAGUGAACUACUUCCGAGAUACUUGGAAUAUUUUCGAUUUCAUCACUGUGCUUGGCAGCAUCACUGAGAUAAUUGUGGAUUUACAGUCGGUGAACACCAUCAACAUGAGUUUUCUGAAGCUUUUCCGGGCAGCCAGGUUGAUCAAGCUGCUGAGACAGGGGUACACCAUUCGGAUUCUGCUCUGGACUUUUGUACAAUCUUUCAAGGCUCUGCCUUAUGUCUGUCUUCUCAUUGCAAUGCUUUUCUUUAUAUACGCCAUCAUUGGAAUGCAGGUGUUUGGAAACAUCAAGCUCAAUGAUGAAAGUCACAUCAACCAACACAACAACUUUAAGACCUUUUUCAGUGCACUGAUGCUGCUCUUCAGGAGUGCAACAGGGGAAUCCUGGCAGGAAAUCAUGCUUUCAUGUCUGUCGGGUCAGGAGUGUGAACCGGACUCCUCCAUUGCCCCCCUCACCAUGUCUCCAGACCACGAGGGAGGCUGUGGGACAGACUUUGCUUACUGCUACUUUGUCUCAUUCAUCUUCUUCAGCUCUUUCCUGAUGUUGAAUCUGUUUGUGGCUGUGAUCAUGGAUAACUUUGAGUACCUCACAAGAGAUUCUUCAAUCCUGGGUCCACAUCACCUGGAUGAGUUUGUCCGCAUCUGGGGGGAGUAUGAUCGUCUGGCAUGUGGUCGUAUCCACUAUACAGCCAUGUACGAGAUGUUAACACACAUGUCGCCACCCCUGGGCUUGGGCAAGAAGUGUCCAGCAAAGAUUGCCUAUAAGAGGUUGGUGUUGAUGAACAUGCCUGUGGAUGAGGACAUGACGGUCCACUUCACCUCCACCCUGAUGUCACUCAUCCGCACGGCUUUGGAGGUCAAAAUAGCUCGAGGUGGAGAGGACCGUCUCGCUCUGGAUGCCGAACUCCAAAAAGAGAUCAGUAUCAUUUGGCCUUAUCUGCCCCAGAAGAAUUUGGAUCUACUGGUACCUAUCAACAAAGAUACAGACAUGACGGUGGGGAAGAUCUACGCUUCGAUGAUGAUAAUGGACUACUUCAAACAGAACAAAGCCAAGAAGCUCAGGCAACAACUCGAAGCUCAGAAGAGUAGCUUAAUGUUCAAGCGUCUGGAUGCGUCCACCCUCCCGGAGGACAUUCUGUCCAACAGCCAGACGCUGCCGAUGAUGGCCCACAGUGCCGGCUCAGCCCUGACCAGAGGAGGUUUUGUUGCUUUGAGCCCUAUCUCACCACAGGAACUUUUCAUGCAGCCCAUUAGCUCAGACGUGGAUGUUAGUCAACAGCAGAAUCUGAGCUCGGCAUUGCUGCUGUCUGUGCUCCCGUCUUUUAUUCCUGUGGAGGUGGGCGAGUGCAGUUUGGGGAUUGAAUCCCAACUGGAGGUUCCGCUAGGAAGGGGCCUGUGUGUGCGGGCCUCUUCCAUGCCCCGUCUGGCUAUAGAUUUGCAGCAGACAGAGGUUGCAGGCGGCUCCAUGAAGCGUUCAGUCUCCACUGUUGCCGAUCAGCGGGUGAACGGUCUUUGGCAAGACGAGAAGAGUCCGGAGCGAAUUUAUCGACCUCGCCACAAAAGCUACAAGGCUGCUGUUUCUCGUUCUGAGCACUGGCAGAAGGGAGACAGGGAGCGUGGCAGGUCUAAGGAGCGCUGCCAUCUCCUCUCUCCUGGUGCCUCUCGCUGUAACUCAGAGGAAAGGAACUUGCAGCCCUCGAGAUCCUCUAGUGUGGAGAGAGCACAGCCUCGAAAUAAACAGGGCAACAGCUCGGACAGUCCGGUGCCCUCCACCUCAGAGUCCAGCACUCCCAGCGGCCGAAGACCUUUAUCACAGACCCCAACUCGCUCUCGCCCUCACAUUACCUACUCUCCGCUCGUGAGUCGCAAGCACCCCUCCGUCGGCGAGGACGAGGAUGGACAAGGCAGCCCAGAGACCACGAGGCGGGGCAAGCUCACCUGGGAGACCGAAGAGGGGGUUGCUGAUGAGAUCCGAAGCGAUGAAGGCCACCACCCUUCCCCACCUCGACGCUACCCCUCUGAGCCGUUCCUGGCGUCUCAGGAUGACGACCACAGCCCUGACCCCUCUGGUCACAUGGAGACAUUGACCUUCGAGGCUGCCGUGGCCUGCAGCCUGGGGCGAUCAAACACUGUCAGCUCAGCCCGCCCGCGCUUGCGGACCGGCUGGCAGGUCCCCAAUGGACAUUUCCGAAAGCGUUUGGGGCAGACAGCCUCUGUGGCUGGCUGCGAUCCUCUCAGCGACACAGAGGAGGACGACAGGUGCUAGGGACAGGGGGCUCAGCAUGUCGGAAAAUCCCGGAGAGUUGUGUGAGAGGAACCUGUACAACAGAGUACAGAGUCAAAGUUAUUGUGACUCAUUUUGCACCCAUGCUUCGAGGGCAUGAUCCCUCUGGAUGUUUGGUAAAAUGUGAACCCAAAACAAAGAGGAAAGAUCAAUACUUCCUGAAACUGUAGUUGCCAAUUCACACUGAACACUGACAUUGAAGAAGGUCUAGUUCCUGACUUGUACUUGAUGAUAGAGAGUAAUAACACAUCUCAAAUAAUCAUGAGAUGCAGAAAAUUAGCGAAUGGAUGAAAUUGUCAUUUGUGUCAAUAGAUAUUUUCAUUUCUGAACAUGUUUCUAGAUGAUUCAGUGUGGCUCUAUCAGUAUUUAUCUGUGGGGUGUGUGAAUAUGUAACUACAUUUUCUCAAAAAUGAUUGUUCUGUAAAUACAUUGUGAUCAUCUAACCAUUGCCGUUGAUAAAACCAGAUCAAUACAACAAGCCAUCUUGAAGAGGCAAUCUGAUAUUUUACCAGACAAUGUGGAUACUAAUAAGUAACACUCAAUAAUGCUGGAUUUUUUUACAGUAUGAAUGAAUGUGCACGGGAAUAAACUGCCUGAUUUUCCCCGUCAUUUUUUUUCCUUUUGGUAUUGAACAUAAUAAGUUGUGAGAUAUGAAUACAGUUAUAGAACAACAUAGAAAAGAUGCUUAUUUGUUACUUCACCCUAUAUUAUUGUUAAAUCAUUCCUCCUGCAAACCUUUAACAUUUUUGAAUUAUUCUUCAGUACACUCGGUCUAUUUUUUGCAGUCUACUCCUUUUAAAUCUGAAUUUUUAAACAAACAUAUUUAACAUUUGGUUUUGAGAAAUAGUCGGUGUGUAAAUUCACCAUUAACUGAUAUGAAAAGUAAAAGAUCUCUCAUCUAUUUUCACCUUUAUUCUUCCUUGUGAAUAUAAUGCAUCACUGCAGACGAUGACUGUAGAAACACUGUAGACACAUCAUGACCCGUUUUGCUUCAUUAACAAAUUAACAUUACUCUAUUACUUACUAAUAAUGUACAGAGAAUUUAUGCUGUUUGUAACUUUUAGAAGAAAAAAAAUCAACAGUAUCAGCUGAUGAGCUUUAAAGGUAAAGGAAUCUUUGGAAAUGUUCAUUUAAUGUGUUUUUGUUUUAUUUGCCUGAACAAGGACAACUCUGUGAAACUCACUUAACCAAAAAAAAAACCAUGCAGAUGUGUAUGAUAAGUUCCUGGAAUGCAAAUACUUUGUGGGUUUUUAUGUGUACAAUAGCUGUAUAUAAAAAUAAAGGUGUCCUCAAGUUGCCAUUGUUA